AUGAGGGAUCAUGAGUUCCCUAUGCUGAGAGACACUACCUAUCUGGACCACGGUGGUACCACAUUGGCUAGUAAAUCUCUGUUGCAGUCGUUCUGCCGGGAAAUGCAGUCGAACCUUCUAGCAAACCCACACUCCGAUGCAGCAAACCCCAGCGUAUCUGCUGUUAUCGUUGAGAAAACCCGGCUGAAGGUACUGAAGCUCUUCAACGCUGACCCAGAUCACUUCGAUGUCGUGUUCACAGCGAAUGCUACAGGAGCUAUAAAAUUGGUCAUGGAAGGGUUCUCGGGAAACGACAGCGGCUUCGACUACUACUAUCACCGAAACUGCCACACCAGUCUUGUUGGAGUUCGAGAAGUCGCAAGCCGAAGUCAUUGUCUUACCUCAGAUGAAGAAACAAGACGAUGGUUAGACGAAGGACCUGAGGUCACAGAAGGAGACGCAAGUGCGAGACCAGUUCUGUUUGCAUACCCUGCUCAGUCGAAUAUGAACGGCCAACGAUUACCGCUAUACUGGCCUACCCAAAUCCGAUCCUCCACACGCCAUCCAGCCACGUACACACUACUUGAUGUCGCAGCGCUGGUAUCAACAAGUCCACUCAACCUGAGCAAUCACCUUUCCGCCCCAGAUUUUGUCGCCUUGUCAUUCUACAAAAUCUUCGGCUUUCCAGACCUCGGCGCCCUAAUCGUCCGCAAAGCUUCUGCUCAUGCUCUAGACCAUAGGAAAUACUUCGGUGGCGGGACCACUGAGAUGAUAACCUGUAUUGAUGGUCAGUGGGUCGCGCGAAAACAGUCCAGCAUCCACGCUCGAUGGGAAGAUGGUACAAUUGCUAUUCGUAGCAUACUCGCUUUGAGUUGUGCCAUUGACACCCAUCAGGAGCUCUUUGGCGGGCUUCGAAGCGUCUCUGAUCAUACUGGAUGGCUAGCCAAGCUAUUGUACGAAAGAAUGACGCAGCUUAAACAUGCCAAUGGUUCAUCGGUUUGUCACAUGUAUAAAGCACCUGAAUCGAGCUAUGAUGAUGCGACAACACAAGGAGCGACUGUUGCUUUCAAUAUCAGGAAAAGCGAUGGGUCGUGGAUGAGCGGCUGGCAAGUUGGCGCAAUGCUAAGGGCAAAGAACAUACAUGUGCGAACAGGCGGCCUAUGCAACCCUGCUGGGAUGGCAUGCGCACUCGAGAUAAGUACAACAGAAAUUCAGAGAGCAUUCAAUGCGGGAUUUCGGUGUAACCAGCAACAAGACGUGCGAGGAGGAGUACUUUUUGGCAUGAUCAGAGUAACGCUCGGGGCCAUGAGUACCAGGCAAGAUGUCGAGUUACUUGCGAGAUUCAUCGAAGACCAUUUGAUCGAUCGCCACUGCAGGUGGGCCUCCAAGCCGUUGUCGGCCGAUCUACCCUCAAGCACAUCCAAAGAAGAGAAACACCAAGGUCUGGGUUGUGAAUCCGAGACCAAGAAAAGGGGGGUUGUAGGUAUCAUUCGCGCACACACUACUAGGACUUACCAAGAGAAAGACAACUCUUCCUCCUGUGUAACACUACAAAAGGCUAGCUCGAGGAAGAAAUUGUUCGUUUGGAAGACGCGAUUCGAAAGCCUCGUGUAA